GUUACUGUAAUGCUCCAGGUCAUUUUCAAUUUGCUGAGUUGAAAACCCAAACCAAUGAAUCUGCAUUUCCUAUUGGGACAUCUUUAAAGUAUGAAUGCCGCCCUGAGUACUACAGGAGGACAUUCUCUAUCCGGUGUCUAGCCAACUUGGAGUGGUCAGCUGCCCAGGAUGUCUGUAAACGUAAAGUAUGUAAAACUCCUGCAGAUCUUAUGCAUGGCAUACUGCACAUAGACACAGACAUCAACCUUGGAUCCAGAAUUAAUUAUUCUUGUAAUGAAGGGUAUCAACUCAUUGGCCACUCAUCUGCCACAUGUAUCAUCUCAAACAAUACUGCCAUUUGGGAUACAGAGCCACCACUCUGUCAGCGUAUUCAUUGUAAGCCACCACCAACCAUCGCCAACGGAUAUUUCAUUAGCAACAGCAAAGACUAUUUUCCAUACGGAAUAGUGGUGACCUACCACUGCGAUCCUGGAAAAAGAAGGGAAAAGUUUGAACUCGUGGGCGCGAUGUCAAUACAUUGCACCAGCAAAGAUCAAGUGGGCCUCUGGAGCGGCCCUGCCCCUCAGUGCAUCGUACCUAAUAAAUGCACGCCUCCGCACGUUGAAAAUGGAAUAAGGGUGUCUGCGAACAGAAGCUUGUUCUUCUUAAAUGACAUCGUGAGCUUUAGGUGUCAGCCUGGCUUUGUCAUGAAAGGCCCCUCCAGUGUGCGCUGCAGGGCCCAAAACAGAUGGGAGCCCGAGUUGCCCAGCUGCUCCCCGGUUUGUCAGCGGCCUCCAGAAAUCCUGCAUGGCCAGCACAGCCCCAGCGACAAGGACAGCUUUUCCCCUGGGCAGGAGGUGCUCUACAGCUGUGAGCCCGGCUAUGACCUCCGAGGGGCCGCCUCUCUGCGCUGUACGCCCCAGGGAGACUGGAGCCCGGCCGCCCCCACAUGCGCAGUGAAACCAUGUGCUGCCUUCAAGGACCAACUUCCUAAUGGCCAUGUGCUCUUUCCACUUAACUUCGAGCUUGGAGCAAAAGUGUCCUUCGUUUGUGAUGAGGGAUUCCAUCUACAAGGCAGCUCUGCCAGCCAUUGUGUCUUGGUUGGAAUGGAGAGCCUCUGGAAUAGCAGUGUCCCUGUGUGUGAACAAAUCUUAUGUCCAAAUCCUCCAGAUAUUCCUAACGGAAGACACACAGGAAAACCUCUGGAAAUCUUUUCUUUUGGAAAAGAAGUAACUUACACAUGUGAUCCCAAACCAGACAGAGGGAUGAACUUCAGUCUCAUUGGGGAGAGCACCAUCCGCUGCACCAGUGACAGUCGAGGGAACGGGAUCUGGAGCAGCCCUGCCCCUCGCUGUGGACAUCCAGGUUACUGUAAUGCUCCAGAUCAUUUUCAAUUUGCUGAGUUGAAAACCCAAACCAAUGAAUCUGCAUUUCCUAUUGGGACAUCUUUAAAGUAUGAAUGCCGCCCUGAGUACUACAGGAGGACAUUCUCUAUCUGGUGUCUAGCCAACUUGGAGUGGUCAGCUGCCCAAGAUGUCUGUAAACGUAAAGUAUGUAAAACUCCUGCAGAUCUUAUGCAUGGCAUGCUGCACAUAGACACAGACAUCAACCUUGGAUCCAGAAUUAAUUAUUCUUGUAAUGAAGG